GGGGCCGAAUACUUUUGCAAGGCACUGUACCUGUGCUUAUCAGUGUUUAUGUGCGUGGGUAUAAAUGAUGUCAAAAAAUGGCUGCGCCCGUAAGCGGAGUCAUUUUGUGUGUGUGUAAAUAUCAUUUCAUUCAUUAUCAGAGGCUCAUGAAAUUUGCAAAUUACAUACUUAGAUACUUAGAGCCACUGUCUUUCACAUUAAAGGUGAUUUAAAACUACGUGUUGUUCCCCGAAAUAGCCCUCUUUAUAGUGCCGUAGUAAAAAAAAAAAAAAAAAGACUGUAAAUAAAGGGGGAGGAGGGGGGUGAAAAUAAGUAAAAUAAAUUUGAUAUCACAGGUUAAAAUAAGUAAAAAAUUGAUAUCACAGGUUAAAAACACCGUUUAACCAUAAAUGGUCACAGAUCUGUUGUGGUACUUAGUAAAAGAGGCAAUAGGCAUCCAAUCCAUUUCAAUGGCAGCCAGAGAGUUAAAGAGCAUAUGACACGAGAAAAAAAGUCUUAAAUAGCAUUAUUGUGUGAAUUAGAAUCAUAUUUUGAGACGAUUCGACUAUAUACAGCAAAUUUGCAAAGCACAGAUAACGAGAAAUUAGACUUUUAAUGUGCUGUUAGGCCCCUCCUCCUGUUAAAGCCCGCUGGCGCCGCCAUCUUGCUGAUGACGUCAGCGGUAGAACGAUUUCAGGCAGCUUUAGCAUUGAGCCCAAUGGAGGAGGAAACAUUUUCCAGCGAUUCUGGUUCAAGUUUGGAAUUUUCAAACAUAAUUGGCGAUCCAGAGGAAGUAUGUGCCAUACAGCCAUAUAGGUUUGAGCCAUAUUUGGAGGAAAAAGAUAUGGAAUCAGAAAGCAGCGACACAGACGAGACUGAGCCAAACUCCCAGGAUGACCACAGCAGACUGGGCAACACUGCAUGGUGUUCAUGUGAAUGCUGUGCAGUGAUGCCCACAGUAGAUGAGUGCGUUUGCUGUGGUGAACAGGAGCGAGUCAGGGAGAAGAUGGAGGGGGCUGGGGUCCAAUGUAUUACCCAGCACCCUGGAUUUCAGCCCGUGUGCCUGAACGUAGACGUCCUUCAGACAGCCUAUUAUGCCUACAGGCAAAAUUAUGAGGACCAGUCAGGAAACAACUGGAAACGUUACACGGCGUAUCGCCAGUUUGUGCGCUGGGUGUACGAGUUCCUGGGGCGGAGGAUCAGGGUUCCUCUACCAGCCUGUGUGGUCGCGCAGAUCAGGACAAGCUUCCCAUCACCGGAGUUUGUUGGAUACCAACCUUGUAAUCCUCCCUAAAACUCCAAGUUGAAUAAAAUAUUGUAAUCGUUUCAUUAUACAGUCAUCCUGAUGUGAUUUUUAAAAGAAUAUCUCUACUUCAAUAUUUUUGCAAGCCUCAGUGGUUAGUCUUAUUACAUAUUUGCUAAGUGCAAUACAAAAAUUAUAUUUCCAUGACAAAGUAUUGUACUGAAUGGAAUAUGGAAAUAUGACAAAUGCAAGGACGUUAUAAGAUACUUAUUUCUGACAUGCUGAUACAAGUAAAAAACAAUUGCUACUGUAUCAAGCUCAAGACAAUGAUUUGGAAAAAUACACAAAAUGGUUUUAUUCACCGGAAUUUAAGUGUGCCAUUAUAUUUUAUAUAUACCAACAUAUUUACACAGGGCUCGAACCAAUAAUACCUUAUAAAUUCAAAAAACUAGCUCACAUUUUCAAAAGAUGACAACGAAAGAACUGGGGAACACAAUUAUACAAAAUUAAAGGUUCAAUCAUGGCACAUUAAAACGUGUGACAUGAUCCCGGACCGCCUGUUCUUUGUCAGGUCGCUGAAAGCUGCUGCUGAGGGAUAACCUCCCGGCCUCGGGCACAGCCGGUAUCGCCUCCAAUUCAUCCGGCUCUACAUCACUCGCGUCCUGCACAAGCCUCUCCACCGCCGACAUCAGCUCGCUAACAUACUCUGAUAACAAGGGAAGCAAAUGGUACUGACAAAUGCACAGAGAUAAUUCCACAUGAAAUCCAUUCCAUUUAUCUUGCAAAUAUCAAGCAAAAAUGGGACAGAUUCUAAAAACACACUUGACACUGUAUCCAGUAAUAAAGUGUCCAAAGGUUUGUACAUUACGAUGACACCCAAUAAUUUACAACAAUGAGUUCAAUUGACAGGAUUAGUAAUGCGUACUUACCAAAUGUAGGGUUCUCCAAAACUUUGCGCACAACAUGGCCGCCUUGUUUUGAUUUUGGAAAGUGGAUGCUAUAAAUCCCCACUCCGUCUCGGGUUAAGCUGUGGGCUCGAUGGGCGUUUUCAUUGAAGUGAAGAGCAGCCACAAUCGUCCUUAAAAAAAAAAAAAAAAAAAACAUGGAUGGAAUAGUAUUUCCAUAUUAAUAUUCAUAUUGAAAAUGUCUUAAUCGAUCAGAUUGUGAUUGGGACAACAAAAAACAAAGACAUGAGAUAAUAUACUGGAUAAAUCAGCAGAAAAUUGUUACAAUAAUACCUGCUGAGCAUCCCCUCGUAAGAAAAGGCGAACAUUUUGGGUGUAAAAUGGUUCACCAGACUGUGGAAGGCUUCCAGGUGGGAAGUCUGGUAGACUGGAGACAGCCGGCGAAUGUCAGCCAACAGUUUGGAGCCACAGAUCAGCUUCUCCAGCUCAUUGGUCAACUUGGUGUCUGCAAAAUACCAGACAGAAUCAAAUUUGUACUUGAACAGAGAAGCAUUUUGCGAAAUAGUAUAAGUGUGCUUAUUGUAAUGGAAUGCAAACUUACGAGGCGUGAGCCAAGGCUUUUUCCGUUCCCGACCUUCCAAAGGACCAUGGCUGCACCUGGGGAAACUGCCUUUGAAGCCCGAGUGAUCAUUCUGAACAUGGCUCAGUACUGACUCCCACUUGUCGAGGAUGAGUCUGGGGUCCCCAGGUCGCGUUGACGCCACGGACCAAUAUAAAUGGUUGAUGAUACUGCCAAUCCAGGGUUUUAGGGCUUCACAUCCACGCAGCUUAGAGAGGUUCUGCAACUUUUUCUUCAAACCUUGGAAAGACAAUUAUGUAGGUGUGUAAAAUAUGCUAGAAAUAAAGCUGUGAUAAUGAAUCUUAUUACCUUUGCCAAUAUGCCAGAUGUCAAAAAGAUGCUCAAUGUGUGGGAACUGUUCUCGGACGAGCUUGUUGACAGUCACAUGUCGAUCUGUCACCAGAGUUCCCACACGCACAAACUCCUCGAGCACACGCAGUGACCGAACCAGUCCUUCGGGCUCCAUGUGGUAGCUACCUCCUACCUCGUUACUCUGAGAUUUGGGAAAAAACAAAGCAACAUACAGUAUGAUAUAUAAAGAAUUAGGCUUAUAUCGAACAUCUUUUGUUCACAAGUUUAAUUUACCUGCACAAUCUGCACAUCCAAGAUGGUUAGCUUCCGCAGUUCCAUCAUCGUGUAAGUCCCGUAUUUUGCACUGUGACCGGGUGAGUCAGCUCGUCCGUCGCCACCACAAACAAUUUCCUCUCCCUCAGCUUGUAGAUGGCUCAACAGCCAGAUUUGCCGCUCUCGCCACACGCUUUUGAUGGCUUGGUGAAGGUAGCGUUCUUGAUGGCGAAAGUACGACCGAGUGGAGUAAACAGCUACACCCAUGUGAGAUAACACACGCAGAACUUUGCCCACAGUUGCACCAGCAAAUAAAAUGGCUGCAGAAAGAAAUAUGUUUCCAGCAGCAAUUCUGCCGACAUAUGGUUGGGAGUUCCAUGUUCCGGUGUGACCACAUCCAGGCUCAGCACACUUCAAGGCCAGCACCAACAUGGUACCGACCUCAGAAGGGACCCAGUUGACCUUCUUGCAGGCACACGCAGGACAACUGACCCACUGGCUAAUGAGCUGAAUGAGGGCGACCCAGUAGAUUAGAUAUACCCGGCUGGGAACUGGCGCAGGGUCGGCCGCAGCCAUAUCAGGACAAUCGGACUCGCUGGACUCGCAGUCAGAAGGUGCGGUGGGUAGGUCAUACUCAGAAUCAGCCUCGCACACCAACAUUUCUUCAUCCGAGUCCCAGCUGUCGAUGGUAACAUUCAGCUCUGAGUGAACAACGCAGGUUUGGGUACCCACAGUCAUCAUGAGGGGCCCGGAUGUUGUCUGGACACCUGAAAGAUACACACAAUAGAUCACAAUCUUCUUCCCCCUAUUGCUAUAACAUGUUGAUGAUUGUGUGAGAAACCCAAUAAAAAUUUUCAUUUUAACCGCAGUAGAGUUUAGAUUUUAUGUAAGCCUGUCAAACAAAUGAAUUAGAAAACAA